UGAAGAAAAAAUUGCCGACAACUGAACAAACAAAAGAGGACAAGAUGGCUACUUUGGCAGAACAGCCGUGUUACACCCUGAUCAACAUCCCCUCUGACGCAGAACCUCCCACAGAACUCCAGCUCCGACAGGAUCUAGAAAAGGGAGACAUUAAGACAAAGACUGAGGCCCUGAAGAAGACCAUCCAGCAGAUUCUGAAUGGAGAGAAGCUGCCCACUCUCCUGAUGACCAUCAUCCGAUUCGUCAUGCCCAUCCAAGAUCACAUGAUCAAGAAGCUGCUGCUCAUCUUCUGGGAGGUGGUGCCCAAGUACACCCCCGACGGCAAGAUGUUGCACGAAAUGAUUCUUGUGUGCGACGCGUACAGAAAGGAUCUGCAGCACCCCAAUGAGUUUAUCCGGGGCUCCACUCUGCGGUUCCUUUGUAAGCUGAAGGAGGCCGAGCUGUUAGAGCCACUGAUGCCCGCCAUCAGGCAGUGUCUUGAACACAGACACUCCUAUGUUAGACGCAACGCUGUCCUGGCCAUCUACACCAUCUACAGAAACCAUGACUCCCUGAUCCCUGAUGCUCCGGAGUUGAUUGCCAAGUUCCUGGAGGGAGAACAGGACAUGUCCUGCAAGAGAAAUGCCUUCAUGAUGCUGAUUCAUGCUGAUCAGGAGAGAGCCCUGAACUACCUGAGUAGCUGCAUAGACCAGGUCAACUCAUUCGGAGACAUCCUACAGCUGGUCAUUGUGGAGCUGAUCUACAAGGUAUGCCACAACAACCCAUCAGAGAGGGCUCGAUUUAUCCGUUGUAUUUACAACCUCCUGAACUCCCAGAGUCCCGCGGUCCGCUAUGAGGCAGCUGGUACCCUAGUCACUCUGUCUAGUGCUCCUACCGCAGUCAAGGCUGCCGCUAGCUGUUACAUAGAGCUGAUCAUCAAAGAAAGUGACAACAAUGUCAAACUGAUCGUACUAGACCGUCUGAUAGCUCUGAAGGAGGUGCCAGCUCAUGAGAAGGUUUUACAGGAUUUGGUGAUGGACAUUUUGAGAGUGUUGAGUGCUCCAGAUUUAGAAGUGAGGAAAAAGACCUUGACCUUGGCUCUUGACCUUGUCUCCUCCAGAAACAUUGAAGAGAUGGUAUUGGUGUUGAAAAAAGAAGUGGUUAAGACCAACAACGUAGAACAUGAGGACACUGGGAAAUACCGCCAGCUGCUGGUCCGCACACUGCAUCAGUGCUGUAUCAAGUUCCAGGACAUUGCUGCCACCAUCAUCCCUGUGCUGAUCGAGUUUCUGGGAGACCAGAACGAGCUGGCAGCACUGGACGUGUUGGUGUUUGUGAGGGAGGCCAUCCAGAGGUUCGAGUCACUGAGGGGACUCAUCAUCAGCAAACUGCAGGAAAUCUUCCCCUCCAUCAAAGCCAUGAAGAUCCACAGAGCUGCAUUGUGGAUUCUAGGAGAAUAUUGCGAAACCAAUGAUGACAUCCAGAAUGUCAUGACCAUGAUCCGACAAGCAUUGGGAGAGAUUCCAAUUGUGGAUGAUGAAAUAAAGAAAGCUGCUGGAGAAGUGGCUGAUGAUGAGAUGCAGUCCGGUGGACAGGUACAGAAGUUGGUGACAGCUGACGGAACCUAUGCCACACAGAGUGCAUUUAGUUCUGCCCCAUCUUCCGCAAAGAAGGAGGAGAGACCACCCAUGAGGCAAUACAUGAUGGACGGAGAUUUCUUUGUGGGAGCAGCUUUGGCCACCACCCUGACAAAACUGGCCCUCAAAUACAUCGCUAACACUCCAGAUGUCAAGAGGCAAAAUUCUCUGGUGGCUGAAUCUAUGUUAAUCAUGGCUGCUAUUAUUCAUCUUGGAAAGUCUGGAUUGCCCACAAAGCCAAUCACAGAUGAUGAUGUGGAUAGGAUUGCGACCUGUCUGAAGGUGCUGGCCGAGAAGACCCCGCUGAUGGGCGAGAUCUUCAACACUGACUGUAGACAGUCCCUCUCCCUGAUGCUGGCAGCCAAGAUGGAGGAAGAAAAGGAACUCCAGAGGGCUUCAGAGAAGAGAACUGUCAAGGUUCAAGCUGAUGACCCUAUAUCAUUCGCUCAGCUCGUCAACAAAGCAGAAAUGGGAGCUACUGAGAACAUGUUUGAACUGACAUUGUCUCAAGCUUUAGGAAUGUCUGGCAAGAAAGAUGGCGAUCCUAUUGGAGCUUCUAAACUGAACAAGGUAACCCAGCUGACUGGUUUCUCGGAUCCUGUGUAUUCGGAGGCCUAUGUCAAUGUGAACCAGUUUGACAUCGUGCUGGAUAUCCUGGUUGUAAACCAGACAUCUGACACACUGCAGAACCUGACAGUGGAGCUGGCUACUCUAGGUGACUUGAAGCUGGUGGAAAAACCCACACCAAUGACCAUGGCUCCACAUGAUUUCUGCAAUAUCAAAGCCAAUGUCAAAGUGGCCUCCACAGAAAAUGGAAUUAUAUUUGGAAACAUAGUGUACGACAUAAGUGGAGCAGGCAGCGAUCGUAACUGUGUGGUGCUCAACGACAUCCACAUCGAUAUCAUGGACUACAUAGUGCCUGCCUCCUGCGACGACACCGAGUUCCGACAGAUGUGGGCCGAGUUUGAGUGGGAGAACAAGGUGGCUGUCAACACCAAUGUCUCGGAUCUCGCCGAGUUCCUGCAGCAUGUCAUCAAGAUCACCAACAUGAGAUGUCUCACUCCUGAAAAGGCAUUGAAGGGAGACUGUGGUUUUAUGGCAGCCAACAUGUACGCCAAGUCCAUCUUUGGGGAGAAUGUCCUGGCCAAUCUGAGUAUAGAGAAGCCUGCCCACCUGUCAAAGGACUCACCUGUGCAGGGUCACAUCCGUAUUCGGGCCAAAAGCCAGGGCAUGGCUUUGAGCAUGGGGGACAAGAUCAAUCUUUCUCAGAAGAGUAUUGGCAAAGGACAGUAGGGGAUUUGGGAUUCUGUGAAUCUACUCCAUGUAAAGGACUUGACAUUGGAAAAUUGCAUUUUUGAUUUUUUGUCAAUUAUCAAUAUUUAUUAUAUGAUAUAUUCUGAAUAGAAAUGGUUUAUGUACAAGUGAUAUAAGUGAAUAAAUGAAUUCAAAGCAUAAAUUCAACCUUUGUUUUACUAUGUGCAUUCAAAUUUUAAAA